CUGCCUGAUCGGGAGACUUGUUUAUGUUAUGCGGUGGUUUUGUUGGAUUCCCCCCCCGAUUGAGGAUCUGUCUUGGAUGACUGACGAUUUGUCUGGGUCUAUUGUCCUGAGGCACAACUAACAGGCCUGUUUUGGGGGCUGAAAGAUGAAGCUCUCCGACUAGCAAAGCUGUUGAAGUCCUUCGUUUCGGUAUCGUCCCUAUGAGACGCGACGGGGGGUCAAAAGUCACCCCUCACAUGCGCCGCAUCGCUAUUUCCAUAUCGCAAUGUCCUCUCGCAGUCCAAGCUCCUCCCCGGACAUUCUUGGACCAUCUGGCGACGCUGAUUAUUUGAUCUCUUCACCCUUUAUCCCCUUCUCCGGUCGCCAAAGCUUCAUGUCGCCUGCGAACUUCCGCCUCCAAAGCCCGCGGACGGCGAAGGGCAAAAGGCGGUCGCGUAUUAGUCUUAGCCCAUCCAAAAACGCCCACUCCAUAAAGUUCAACGAUGUUGUGCUUCCUGCCUCUCCGACGAUGAAACUGAACGGCCAGCAAAGUGGAAUGCCACUUGAUACGGUUCAGCCUGAUGGGAAUGUCAGUCCGUGGAGGAUCCGCGUGACACUCGAAGCGACACAAGAUGAAGAUACAAACCAAGGAAGUCCAGUGCGAAAACGUUCAAAACCUUCGACGACAACGAUGAAAGUGCCCCUCAAAGACGAUACAGAACAGACCCCGCGAAAACGCAGAGGGCGCCCGAGGAAGUCGGACACAUUGGUGCAGGAUGCGACUCCGCGCGCAGGUAGCCCAGGCCACACCCCGGGUCCUGGAGGUACGGGGCAGAAGAGAAAACGGGGCCGACCGAGAAAGAGUCAGCCGCUUGAUGUGGCAGACCAAGGCCAGCAGUCUGUGGAGCAUCAAGAAAUUGAACAGGAAGCGCCCAUAGUCGAGCCCGAGCAGAGAUGGAGUCCUUUGAACCUUGCAGCAGAUAUGGGAUCUGACGAUGAUAUUCCGGGCGAUCAAGGACUUGAUUUUGACACCACUGCCGCGCAUGAAGGCCAGAUGGAACAACCUGAUAUGGCGGUCUAUGGUCGAAGCUCUCCCCGGGUGACUUUUGAACCAACGUUUGACACUCCCAAUGUCGAUAAUGUGGACCAAGGUUUUACAGAGAAUGACGAGUAUAAUCUGAACUCAACCCCAUCUAAGAUGCCGUCCCCGACCCGGGAUAGCCAGAUCAUUUCUCCAACAAAUACUCUGCAUGCCGGCCGCACUCCGAGACAACCACGUAUCUACCCCACACCGACCUCCUCAUCGGUGGCUGAUGAAGAGAAGACGGAGCAGGCCCGAAAAACGAAUGCAACUCACACUACGAAUCGCCGUGAAAGCGGGCUUUACCCCACGAUAGAUCCGACAGAAGAGCACACAGAGUUUGACUCCAUAAUGGAAAGUGAAGGGUUUAGCAUGGUUUCGUUGGAUACCUUACCAUCAGCUAAACAACAUGAGCUCAAGAUAACUAGUCACCAACAAGCAGCCAAGAGCGCACUUAAGCCUUUCCUCGAGCGGGAAUCGAACGGCGUGUUGAAGCGAAGAGCUUCGGCGAUCAACCAGGAUUACCAAGAGCAUACUUCAAACCGGAAAGCACAGCUAGACUCUAGGUCAGGGAAUCAGUUACUGGCUCAGAUUUCCCCUCACUUCGGUGGGGUUGAUAGCUAUAUGGACCGCCCCUCAUCAGAAAGCAGACUUGAUUCUGCCAAAAACGUAUCUGAAAUACCGCUUGCUGUGCCGGAGUCAACUUCUGCUCGACAAGAACGAGGGCCGUUGGCAAGACUUGUCAGGAUAGUCCGCGCAGGUUUUGCUCUCGAAGGGCCUCUCAGAAAUUCAGGAGAAGAGCAAAUCUCGCGUCUGUCGGGUUCAGGAGUACCCGGCUUAUUGAGCGAUCGGGAUUCCUUGUUGAAUGCGUCUAGGAAACGACUGGAGCUUCUUUUUGGCGACUUCGCCCCUGAAGUACAAAAGGAGCUACGGGCAGGCUUGGCAUUUGGGCAGGAACUUGCAAAGAGACGGAGACAGAGCGAUAUGGAAAGACGCAUACAGACCGGGGUGGGAGAAGCGAGUGCGAGAAACAUGGUCCGGGGAAACAGGGAAGCAAGUGGAUCCAGGUCACCACAACAAAUGCUGGAUGAGGCAACCCACUAUGAUACCCCGGGUACGUUUAUGAGACGGCGGAUGGAAGAGUGGCAGCGGGAGAGAGAGGUCAUCAGUCGAGAGAUCCAGAUGGCGAAUUCUAGCCAGGUCAUCGUCCUUGACAGCGACGAUAACGAUCAGUCGAACGUGCAAGACGACAGGUAUGAAGUCGGUGACGAGCCCGAAUACGAGUCAGAAUCUAUCCCAGAUGAAGAUGCCCACGUAGAAGCCGAGCGCUUGGACGAUGAGGACGAAGAUGACGGGUAUGAAGACAUCUGGCAGCAAGAAGCCCACAGUCAAGGCAACCACUCAGAUCACUCGUCACUGCAUGAAGAUGACUACGCUGAUACGCACCCUGGACAGGAUGAGUCUAGCCCAUGGAAGGCUGGCUGGACCCCUGCCCGGAAUCAGAACGGCAGAAUAAUUUCACCGGCCCAUUGGACAAAUGAGCAGGAAAAAGUGCCAUUUUUGGGCCGCUCAAGAGUCAAACAGUUACAGGAGCAAGAAGUUGACCUGACAUCUCUGUACCGCUCUCAGAACACACCAAAGCGCAACCACUACUAUUAUGGGAAAAGCAGUCCCCUGAACAGCACAAUACGAGGCUCUGUACGCCGUUCAUCGGUGUCUUCGGUACAACAGGAGAUCUAUGAGCAUGUGUCUGACCAGGAUAGACAGUCGGAGAGCUACGUGGAGUCAAGCCCUCGCCGGGACUCGGACGAUGAGACGUUUCAGAUUGAUCCGACAACCAGAUUGGAAAUCGCCAGACAGCGCCAUGAGCCUGGUAUGGAAGACGACGAGAUCGAGGGUAUGUCUGAUGCCGCUGCAGCCGAGGGCCAGCCCCCUUCAGAGACAGGUGACAUCACCCCCGAGCGUCCAGGGCAUGCUAGCCCUGAUAAUCAAGCAUCAUCCUGGUUUCAAAAGAUUACCAAUUUCACGCCUGGGUGGCUCAGAGCACCAAAUACUGAUCAGCAAGGGCCCGCAAGUGAAAAGACUUCGGGUGACGAGGAAAAUGAUGAAUCGCCUACCGUUAAGCCAACGCAUGAUAGGGGUGGCCAAAAUGAUGAAGUCAACUGGGUACACUUAGAUGAGACCCCACGACCGCUUCAAUUCGGGGAGCCAGAGGAUGAGCAACAGAGUUUUCUUAGUUCCGAGUCUUUCCCAGUGGUCGACGAUGUGCAUGCUUCACUUGACGAAGGAGAAGGAAAAAGAGAAGAGAAAGCGGAGGCACAGACGCCUGGAGACCAAUCAGUGUCUUCUGUUCCUCUGUACUUCUCCAAUGAUCACUAUCGCUUGCUGCAUCAUCUCUAUCGCUCGGCGAAACUAUACCCUGAGCGCUUCCCUUACCAUCCGGCUCCUGGUCGCUCGGAUAUGAUCGGCGACUGGAUAUGGACUUCAGAUGGAGUCUAUGGAGUUCCGGUCACAGAGCUUCAGUUUGCAAUUAUCGAUAGAUUUGCGCAACAGUUAUCCCAAGCCGACAUGAAGGCAGGCGGAACGGGCCAAAUCAAUUGGACAGAGGCUGACGUGCACAGAAGAUUGAUCAGUAUCAUCAUUGGUGAACAGAUCAGACAAGAGCGGAAGCAGAGGCUCCACGAGGACCGUCUGAGGGUAGAGCAUUCGCGAAACAGGGACGCAGCCUACGAGACGUGGCGCAUAUGACUUCUCAAACCUGCACGUCGCUUGGCCUCUGCCGCCUGAGCUCGUUUUUCCGAAACACAGACUUUGCUGGCAUAUGGACUAGCACACGUUGUAACGACUUCCCAUUCUU